AUGCCUAGCAAGAAGAUUAUGUUCUUCAAACUGAUCGUAAGCCUUAGCCUUGCUGCUCGCAGUACUGGCAAUGGGGACGAUCAAUUUGUAUACUCAGGCUUCACCGGCAGCAACCUCGCCCUUGAUGGCAAUGCCAGGAUCACGCCGAGCGGUCUCCUCGAGCUGACCAAUGGUACAGCUCGGGUUAAAGGCCAUGCAUUCCAUCCAAACCCCAUGCGCUUCCACAAAUCUCCCGAUGGCACGGUGCAGUCUUUCUCUGUAUCGUUUGUGUUUGCCAUCCUCUCCACCGACCCUGACUUGAGUGGUCAUGGCCUUGCCUUCUUCAUUGCACCAACCAGGAAUUUCUCAGCUGCAUUCCCAACCCAGUACUUGGGCCUCUUCAGUGACCAGAAUAAUGGUGACCCAAACAACCACAUUUUUGCGGUUGAGCUUGACACUAUCCAAAAUUAUGACUUAGAAGACAUCAACAGCAACCACAUCGGCAUCAACAUCAACAAUCUUCACUCUGUGCAAUCUCAUGAUGCUGGCUAUUACAGUAAUCAGAGUGGCAUCUUUGAGAGGUUGGCACUCAAUAGCCACAAGGCGAUGCAAGUGUGGGUGAACUAUGAUAGAGAGGCCAUACAGAUCAAUGUGACCAUGGCCCCCAUCAAUCUGGCAAAACCUGAGAGGCCACUGCUUUCAACCACUUUUAAUCUCUCGACAGUAAUCACUAGUCCAGCAUAUAUUGGCUUCUCAUCCUCUACAGGCACAGUCAGCGCGCAGCACUAUGUGCUUGGUUGGAGCUUUGGCAUGGACAGCCUCGCUCCACCCAUCGACAUUUCCAAACUCUCUGAGCUGCCCCGUCUUGGUCAGAAGGCUCAGUCCAUGAGAUUACAUAUACUUUUACCAAUAGGAAUUGUGGUGUUCCUCUUUGCAGUAACUGCUACCAUCUUUCUGCUCAUACGGAGGAAUCUAAGGUAUGCUGAGCUAUGUGAAGAUUGGGAGGUUGAGUAUGGGCCGCACCGGUUCUCGUACAAGGAUUUGUUUGAUGCCACAGAAGGAUUUAAAGACAAGAACCUACUAGGUGGUGGAGGGUUCGGAAAGGUAUACAAAGGGGUGUUGCCUAUAUCAAGAUUCAAUAUCGCUGUGAAGAAGGUGUCACACGACUCAAAACAAGGAAUGAAGGAAUUCAUUGCAGAGAUUGUUAGCAUAGGCCGCCUUCAACACCGCAAUCUUGUCCAGUUACUGGGAUAUUGCCGGCGAAAAGGUGAGCUUCUUUUAGUAUACGAUUAUAUGCCAAAUGGAAGCCUAGACAAAUACUUAUAUGGCAAAGAUGGAAAGCCUAUUUUGGAUUGGUCUCAGCGGUUUCAAAUCAUCAAAUGUGUAUCAAAUGGAUUACUCUACCUUCAUGAGGAGUGUGAGAAAAUUAUCAUACAUCGAGACAUCAAGGCAAGCAAUGUGCUCAUCGACACCGAGAUCAGUGGGCGAAUAGGUGACUUUGGUCUUGCAAUGUUGUAUGACCAUGGUAGCGACCCAGAAGCCACACAUGUUGUUGGCACCAUAGGAUACCUAGCUCCAGAGCUUGCACGCACUGGCAAGGCAACCCCAUUUACAGAUGUAUUUUCCUUCGGUGUGUUCAUUCUUGAGGUCACCUGUGGGCAAAAGCCCAUCAUGAAAGAUACGGAGGAAAGCCAUCUCAUGCUAGUUGACUGGGUGCUUGAACAUUGGCGUAAAGGUUCACUCAAUGAUGCAGUGGACAUCAAGCUUCAAGGCGUAUAUGAUGUUGGUGAAGCAUGCUUAGCACUAAAGCUAGGAUUAUUGUGCUCUCACCCAUUUACAAACAUAAGGCCAACUAUGAGGCAAGUCAUGCAGUACCUCAACAAGGAAAUGCCACUACCGGAGUUGAUGCCAACACAUUUAAGCUUCUGCAUGCUUGCUUUGAUGCAGAGCGAAGGUUUCAACCCUUACAUCACAUCACAUUCUUCAUCAGCAACGAGCUUUGGCACAAUGUCAAGCCUUUCAGGAGGAAGAUAAGUAGAUGGCACACAUAUGCAUCAAUACUGCAGGGUGUGCUUGCUCAUAUGUUUGGCAUGCACACAUAACCGGAUUUGUGACUGCAAGUUCUAUAGUUCUUAAGUUUCACAGCAGUUAUUUUCAUGUGGAGAUUGUGUAUAUAAAUUUGAUAUUUGUUCAAGGCCUUGUAAUAAAUGACACAGUGGGUAC